GUUAAAAGAGCCCGCCUCUCCCUCGGCCGGUCGCUCUUUCGCCACGGGCGGGGUUGCACCAUCCGGCAGGGCGGGGCCCGGCCAUGGCGACCGCGGAGCCCAGCGGGCGCGCGUUGCGGUUGUCAACCCCGGGACCCCGGCCCAGCGGGGCUCGGGACCGCGCGCCGGGAGCUGCGGGGCCACCCUCCGGGCAGAUCGGUAAUAGAGCCCUCCGUCUGGGGGAGCGCACCCCCGCGGCCGUGGAAAAGCGGGGGCCAUACAUGGUGACGCGCGCACCCUCCAUUCAAGCCAAGCUGCAGAAGCACCGGGACCUGGCCAAGGCCGUUCUGCGGAGAAAAGGCAUGCUGGGGGCCUCGCCGAACCGCCCAGACUCUUCAGGGAAAAGGUCAGUGAAGUUUAACAAGGGCUAUACUGCUCUUAGCCAGAGUCCAGAUGAAAACCUGGUGUCCCUCGACUCUGACAGUGAUGGGGAGCUGGAAUCCAGAUACUCCUCCGGGUAUUCAUCUGCAGAGGUGAACCAGGAUGUGAGCCGGCAGCUGCUUCAGGAUGGGUAUCACCUGGAUGAGAUUCCAGAUGACGAGGACUUGGACCUCAUCCCCCCUAAGCCCAUGGCCUCUUCAACAUGCUCCUGCUGCUGGUGCUGUCUUGGGGACUCUUCUUCCUGUACCCUCCAGUAGACAUUACCCUCCAAGGUGGGCCCUGCUCACCAUGAGGCCUACAGAGCCCUGUUGGCCACUCAUAGCUCACACAGUGCAGUGAGCACUGAAGUCACUGACCCCUAGAAAGUGACCUGCAGAUAGCCGUUACCUGUUGCUUCUCAGGCCAGAGGCCCCCAUCUGGGCUGUGGGCUGAUAGGUAGAAUUCUGUAGUUUUCCUCUGCUGUUGGAGCAGAGUUUGGAGAAGUCACUUUAAUAAGGGCAGGACAGAGAAUUCUGGUUCUUAUAGUGGGUGACAAAGGUGGCUAAGGAAACACUUGCAGACAGCUUGAUUGGUAUUUGUCAUAGUGCUUCAGGGAGGCAAAAAGGGAGCUCUUGUGCCCAGGCUGUGCUAGAUAGUGUUGAAUGGAGGCAGAAAAUAGCACUUUAUGGUUUAUUAUAGCUGGCAAUCCAAAAAAGAAACUGUUUGAGACCAGUUCAAGAAAUUCCAUUUGCUCUAUUCUUCCUAGCUCUAAGAUGGUUUGCAGGCUUGACCUUCAAGACAGCAUAAAGUGAGUCCUUUUGUCCCUCUUCAGGUUGCACCUGUCUAACUAUGACAGGGAUCAUAGCAGGUUGCUUAAUGAUACAGCAGGAUCCUGGCUUCCAGAAUCCCUGGACCUGGGGCAUCCCCAACUGGUCCAACCGUCCGGGUGAGUUUAGUGAUUCUGGUUUGCCCUUCCCUAGUUAGAGAAAAACUGCUCUGACAUGUUCAUAUUUAUUUAUUUGUAUUUCCUUGGUCUGGGUGAGUUUCUUCACCCAGUCUUUGAGCUAAAGAUUAGGUCGAAGGUACUGGGGCUGGCCCCAGAAGCCUGCAGUUUUUAUUAUUACCAGCAGAGGGAGCUACAGGGAGCAGUCCGGUGCCUUCCUAUUUGUUUACUUUUUAAACUUUUGAGAAGUAGCAAUGGACUCGUGAGAGUGGGUAUACAGCUGUGUGGGCUUUGUCCUAGACUGAGGCUUACAGACAGGAAGGGUAAGAGAGACCUAAGCCAGCUCCUAGACCCUUGCCUGAGGAAAUCAGUCCACCAGUGUAGAGGGCCUCCCUUCACUCCAGCAUGGACCAUUCUAUUGCCAGAUUCUUCUGGUCACAGCAUGGGCCUUACUGGAUACUCAGGAUUGGGCUUUAAGCAGACCUCUGGGUGUGACACAGCCUCUUUCAGCCCCCAGCCCAAACAGCAGAAAUAGGCAUAAUUUCUGCUGUGACACCCCGUACCCGCAAAUUGGAGAGUAUAUCUUGCUAUACUCUAUACCAAGCCUCUUUCUAGAAUUUUUCCAACAGGUUUUGUUUUGUUUUUUGGCUUAACUCAGAACCAUGGUGAGCGUUCUGCUUUGUUUUGUUGGAGACAGGGUCUCUGUCACCCAGGCUGGAGUGCAGUGGUGUAAUCACAGCUCACUGCAGCCUCAACCUCCCAGGCCCAAGCAGUCCUCCCACAUGGUGAGCUUUGAAUGGGCAUAGACAGGGUUCCCAGCCCAAUAGUCGGGAUUGGGGUGUAGGUUCUACAUGGGAAAGUAUCCAGUCUCUUGCUUUACUCAGUGUCCUGUGACCACUAGAGGCAUGAGAGGGACAACACACUCUUUUCGCUCUACCACAAGGGGUGACUAGAAGAUGAGCAAGUCUAAUAAAAAGAUACGGCCUUAUUUGUUAUUUGUCUGACAACCAUCCUUACGAUGGUAAUCCUGUGAGUGCUUGAUGGACAUCUAUCUUUGUGUUUUUCUCAAACCAUGGAAGGUUGAGAGGAAUAUACAGUAUCUGGGGGCUGACUUACUCUACUAGCUAGCAGCAUCACAGCAGAGAGAUAGGACAGAGACCAGAGUCAUGCCAGCUUGGGGUCUUGGGAAGAGAGGCAGAUGGUUACUCUGUUCUGGAAUGGGACUCUGCAGCUCUAUGCAGGUGGCCAACAUUCUGAGCACUUUGUGCAAAUGCUUGUAGAGCUCAAGAACAUCUCCAUCCAGAACCCCUUCCCCAUCUGCAGAGACCAUGUCCAGGCCUUUCUUGUGUCUGCAGAGGUGAAGUGCACAUGUGGAAAGGGAUCAAAUGUAGCACAGUGUAAAGAAAGACAGCGACACAGGUAGAGGGACCCAGUGUGUGCUGGGAGGUGGCUGUGGAAGGUAAGUAUAGACCUACAUCUCUGUUGGGGAGGUGGUCAGGGCAGAAUGGCCUGGGUGUUUAGCAGCUUCUAGGGGUAAGGGUGGCAGGACCCCAAAACCAAGGCCCUCUGCAUCGUUGUUAUAAUAAUCAGCUCUGGCAUAUUCAGCUGCAACUGUCCCUGAAGAAGAGGUUUCUGAGCUGGCUGACCCCAUGUAGGAGGGUGUUACCUUGUAGAAAAAGCUGGAGGGACCUGGUGGGACAGUGCAGUGAGGCAGGGUAGAAAUGGUCAGUUGUUUAGGGCCAGUGGCCACAUACCAAAAUACCACCAAUGUGCCCAGGGCCAAACUGCCUUAAUUCUGAGUGCUGUGUGUUCUGCAGGUGACAGUUUCCUGAGGAGAGGGGUGUAUCCAGGCUUACCUCCCAGCAGGAGUGGUACCAUAUGGUGUUUAUGUACUACUCUAUAGAACUCUUGGCUUGCACUUCUACAGCUCUGUACAUUUAUAAGAAUAAAUGCAAUCACACUA